GAUCGCCAUAUAUGUCGGCGAUUUUCGCGACCCUUUCUCUUCUUCAUCUUCUUCUUCCUCUUCUAUCGUAGAUCUGAGAUCUCCGCCUUCUUCUUCUUCCCCGAGAAAGAGAGCUCGAGUGGUCCAACAAUGGCGUCCUUUUGGAGCGGAGGAGGCGCCCGCGACCGCGAUGUCGACGACGUCGACGACUUCGACGAGUACGACCCCACCCCCUACGGCGGCGGCUACGACCUCGCCCUCACCUACGGCCGCCCCCUCCCCCCCUCCGACGAAUCCUGCUACCCUCUCUCGACGUCCUCCUCCUCCUCCGUCGACUACGAGAGGCCCCACUACUCCUCCGGCUCCGUCCCCUCCGCCUACGGCGGCGGCGACGAGGACGACCGCUACGGCCGCCCCCGCCCCAAGCCCCAACCCGCCUACGGAUUCCGCCCCCAGCAGGAGGAGGAAGGAGGAGGCGGCGAUUACGGCUACGGCGGUGGCGGUCGUCCCCAGCCGAAGCCCGAGUAUGGCUACGGUGGUAGGCCGAGCGAGGAGGCGGGGUACGGGCAUGGAUCUGGGUAUGGGAAACCUAAGAGAGAGGACGAAUCGUCGUAUGGGUAUGGGUAUGGGCAGGAGAAGCCGAAACCCUACGGCGGUUAUGACGGGAGCAAGUAUCAGAGCGGUGGGGAGUACGGGUACCAGAAGAGUGAGGAGCAAACUUAUGGUGGUGGUAGCUAUGGAUAUGGGGCGAAACCUAGCUAUGAGAAGCCCCAGAGCGGUGGGGAGUAUGGGUACCAGAAGAGUGAGCACACUUAUGGUGGUAGUGGAUAUGGAAGUAGUGAAGGGUAUGGGUAUGGAGCGAAACCUAGCUAUGAGAGGCCUCAGAGUGGUGGAGAUUAUGGGUAUCAGAAGAGUGAGGUGGAAACUUAUGGUGGUAGUGGCUAUGGGGCUAGUGAAGGGUUUGGGUAUUCGGCGAAACCUAGCUAUGAGAAGCCCUCUUAUGCAGGGCAUGUGGAGGAGAGUGGUAAGUACCAGAAGCCGAGUUACUAUAGCCAGGAGCAAGAGGAAGGGUAUAGCCGCCCGAAAUAUGGUGAUGAUUUGGAUGAGGAAAAGAAGAGCCGCCAUCAGAAGCAUCACCACCGCCGCCACCACAACUAUGAUGAUGAAUGAUCCGUCUCCACUGUUGGUGUGGUUUGAUACCCCCACAACCCUAGCUACUAAAUAAAGAUGGGGGUUUCCUUGUUAUGUUUUUCAUGUGUUGUCUGCUUUCAUACUGAAUUUGUUCUCGCAAGUCUCUGAUGAAACUUGCAGAAAUCUAUGUCUGCUUUUAAUAACGUAGCUUGAACUAUCAUACUAUGUAUGGAAUUCUUCUUUCAUUGUGAUUGUGGGCCUUGAGCAGUGUUAUGUUCCCCAAA